AUGGAAAAGGAAACGGAUUCAAGUUUGGAGCCAGUACCCGUGACUGUGAAUUCACAGAAACAUGACCCCGCAUGGAAACACUGUGAAAUGUAUAAAAAUGGAGUUAGGUUUGAGCUCAAGUGCAAUUAUUGUGGCAAGGUGUUUAAGGGUGGAGGGAUACACAGGAUCAAGGAACACUUGGCUGGGCAAAAGGGUAAUGCCUCUAGUUGCUUGAGAGUUCCACCUGAUGUUAGGCUUUCAAUGCAAGAGAGUUUGCGUGGGGUUGUUAUGAAGAAGCGAAAGAAGCGAAAAGUUGCUGAAGAAGUGACCACUAUUGACAACGUGGUAUUAGGUGGUAGUGUAAGUGAUGUUGAUGCUUUAGCAAUUGAUACUAGUAACUAUGAUAACUGUGACAUCAACACCCAAGUUAACUUGGAUGCUGUUGGACAGGAUUGCGACGUGUUUGAGAGUGGGGAAGUUGUGGUGGGAAACAAAGCAAAUGUUAGGAAGAAGAAAGGGAGAGUCCGAAAGGCAGAUGGCUUUGUGGAUCCAAAUGCAACAAGCCUUGCCGCUUGUAAUAAUACAGCUUUAGUUAUGAAAAAGGCUAAUAGUCACGUGCAUAUGGCAAUUGGGCGGUUUUUCUUUGAUGUUGGGGUGCCCUUUGAUGCUGUAAACUCUGUUUAUUUCCAGCCUAUGAUUGAUGCGAUUUCUUCCCAAGUAGAUCGUGUUGUUGGCCCGUCUUACAAUGACCUUAGGAGCUGGAUUUUGAAGAAUGCAGUUCAAGAAGUUAGACAUGACGUUGACCAGCGCACAGGUUGUUGGGGAAAGAGCGGAUGUUCUCUAUUGGUUGAUGAAUGGGUAUCAGACCGUGUUGAACCCUUACUGCGACUUUUGAGGAUGGUGGCAAGCGAGAAGAGACCUGGUAUGGCAUAUGCUUAUGCUGGAGUUUAUCGAUCCAAAGAAAUAUUUAAGAAAGAAUUCCCUGAUAAGAAGGUUUAUUCCAUUUAUUGGGAUAUAAUAGAUCAGAGAUGGGAACAACUUCGCAGCCAUCCUCUUCUGGCUGCUGGCUUUUACCUAAACCCCAAGCCACAGGGGAACAAAGAACAGGAUAUUUUAGACCCCAUCUCCCAUGAACACAUUUCCCUUGCAGAGGACUGGGUAAUUGGGAAGCCCUUGUGCCCAGAAGACAUGGAAAGUUCAGACUGGAUGACUGUUGACCCACCUUUGGGCAACAUAAUGCUUUUAGGGUUGCCAAUUGAUGAUGUUGACGCCCUGGGUACAGGGUUCGAUGACUAUGAAAUUUUUACUGGGGAAGAAGAGACUGAAGCUCCUCUAGGGGAAAAUGAAGGAUUAAGUUCUCAAAAUGGCAGUAAAUAG